AUGUAGUAAUUAUAGGAAUCGCAUUCUUAAUCGGAUUUCAAGCUUCCGUCUCUUGAUAUUCAUACUACUCAUCGGCUUCCUAUCAAAAUGAAUCCUAGUUAUAGAUUAAAAUACACUAACCCAAUAAGAGUGCAAUACUUAAGGUUCUUGGAUCGAAGAAGCUUGGAUGAAAAAUUGAAUCAACCAUUUUGUCUAGAAAAAUUUGCCAAAAUUAACAAUUACUCCUAUGAAAAGAGUUAUGUAUAUGAAUUAAAAAGCAGAAAACCAUAGAAAAAAGCAUAACCAUAGCAAAGAUAAGAAUAUCGUAAACCAACAAUGAGAUAUUUCAAUCCAGAAGACUCUGAAGUACGUUAAGAUGACAUGGAUUUAAUUUUGAAUCCUAAACAAAAUAAACCUGUAACUUCAAAUAGCAAAGUCUUUAUUUCUGAAUGA